CAGUCUCCCCCCCCCCCCCCCCUCCAAACCCACCAGCCCAUCGCCACCCACCUGCUCCUUCCUCCUCUCCUCGCCACCACCCUUGCAUCUCCAUUGCAUCCCAUCCGGCUCACACGGUUCUUGCUGUUCUUGGCAUGCGUCCCUCUCCUCCCAUCCAUUUCCAUUGCAUCCCAUCCGGCUCACACGGUUCUUGCUGUUCUUGGCAUGCAUCCCUCUCCUCCCAUCCAUUUCUAAUAGCAAUCUUCAGAGAAAGAGAGAGCGUUGGUCUUGCUCUUGUGAGAGACACACCGGGCAGCACCACUUCCGCACCCAUUACGCCGUAGCCGAACCUCGAGAAAAACCUGCGAAGCAUGUAAUCCCGUCCCUGUCCGAAAUCCAAACCCACCCAGAAAAAAAUCACAAAAAAAGAAGCCACUUCGUCCAAUCUCCAAAAGCACGCCGGCGUUGCGAAGCGAGACGGCGUAAGUUGGUAGGCUGGAUACAAUCCCACUGAUCCCUUAGCACGAAAUCAACAAAAGCCUUCGGAUCAUGUAAGUUUCGCCACUAUCUUUGCUUGGCACGCCGCUGAAAAAAACAACAAAAAAAGAGUAGUAGUAGUAGGAAGAGAAUCCAGCAUGCAUCUCUAGCAGCAGCCAUCCAUCGGUAGUCGCGGUCCGGCGAUCCUGCUGGAGCCCGUCCGGCCGCUGUCGUAGCAUUACCCCUGCAAAAACCGUCAAAUCAUGUAAUUAGUAGCCCAUCAUCUCCUAUUUCUGCUGCUGCGCCAGUGGUCUAAAAAACCAAAAAAAAAAGAGACAGUGUUUAAGAGUGAGAGGGUGAGAAAGGGAGAUAGAGAGAGAGAGAGAGAGAGAGAGAGAGAGGAAGCAGGUAGAGCUCGAGAUCAUCAGUGAUGGAGCAGGUGGGGUCGACGCCGCCGAAUGGGUCGGCGCCGGCGACGCCCGGGACGCCGGCGCCGCUGUUCUCCGGCGGGGAGCGGGUGGACUCGCUGUCGUACGAGCGCAAGUCGAUGCCCCGGUGCAGGUGCCUGCCGGCGGUGGAGGGGUGGGGGCUGGCGACGCACACCUGCGUCGUCGAGAUCCCCGCGCCGGACGUCUCGCUCACCCGCAAGCUGGGCGCGGAGUUCGUGGGCACGUUCAUCCUCAUCUUCUUCGCGACGGCGGCGCCGAUCGUGAACCAGAAGUACGGCGGCGCGAUCAGCCCGUUCGGGAACGCGGCGUGCGCGGGGCUGGCCGUGACCAUCAUCAUCCUGUCGACGGGGCACAUCUCCGGCGCGCACCUCAACCCGUCCCUCACCAUCGCCUUCGCCGCGCUGCGCCACUUCCCCUGGCUCCAGGUGCCCGCCUACGUGUCCGUCCAGGUGCUGGGCUCCAUCUGCGCCAGCUUCGCGCUCAAGGGCGUCUUCCACCCCUUCCUCUCCGGCGGGGUCACCGUGCCCGACGUCACCAUCUCCACCGCCCAGGCCUUCUUCACCGAGUUCAUCAUCACCUUCAACCUCCUCUUCGUCGUCACCGCCGUCGCCACCGACACCCGCGCCGUGGGCGAGCUCGCCGGGAUCGCGGUCGGAGCGGCCGUGACGCUGAACAUCCUCGUGGCCGGGCCGACGACGGGCGGGUCGAUGAACCCGGUGAGGACGCUGGGACCGGCGGUGGCGGCGGGGAACUACCGGCAGCUGUGGAUCUACCUGCUGGCGCCGACGCUCGGCGCGCUGGCGGGCGCCGGCGUGUACACGGCGGUGAAGCUCCGCGACGAGAACGGCGAGACCCCGCGCGCGCAGCGCAGCUUCCGCCGCUGACGAGCGAGACGCGCGCGCGCGCGGACAUCGUCCGGCCGGCCGGCCGUGCGGUGUCCCGGUGGUUCCCCGCCGAUCCCCCCGUACUUGUUGCGGCCACGCGCGCCGCCGGGUCCUUCGUUCCGUGUCAGUGUGAGGUUGGUACGUGUACCGUGUGCAACAAUAAGCCCCGGCCGUUUUUGCUUCGUCCAGGACGGCCGGUGCACGUCAUGUGUGUGGUCCGUGUGUCGUGGAUUAUUCUGAGUCGUGUGUUUGGAACAACCUCUCGGGUUUGGUUUGGUUGGGCGCGGUCGAUGAUCGUGUCAGAAUAAAAGCCACGACGGGUGCGCCGGCUGACGGGCAUCUGGACGUGUGAUAAAUUUGUGCGAAGACUUGCUGAGGAGCGACAAAAAUUGAUGCAUGUUUUUGUUUUGUUUGCU